AUGGCAGUAACUCACACUUCUCCACCCACUCACGUUAAAAACAUCAUGCUCGUUAGCAGUUUAACAUUGCCUAAAAGUCUAGAAACUAUUAAAAGCUUUGAAGCCUCGUUAAAUCAAACUCAACAGAUAUCCACACUUCAAAAUCAUCAUAAACCAAUAAUCAUAAAAAAUCAGCAUAAAAUCAAUGAGUUUAAUAAAUCUUUCUUCACGAAGAAAUUGAAAUAA